CCUUGUGACAUGCGCUUCGAGUCGUCCUCUAGUUUCUGCAGAUGUGUACCGCUAGUUAUUGUAAACGUUACAGCUUGUUUGUGCGUCUCUCUGGUUCCAUCCUAACAUCUGCUUGGAGAUUACCGACCCGACCUUUGGACCCAUGUUGGUUCCAAACUAGACCAAAAAUAACUAGACCAAAGUUCAAGUUCACAAAAGUUCUAAAGAUGGCGGACAACACCACCAGUGGCGCGGAUCUAGCUCUCACGUUCCGUAUGGCCUGUCACGGCGACUAUGACAGCGUCAUGAGAAUGUCUGAAGGCAUCUACGAGGGCAAAGACUACCUCCCGGCGUUCUUUCACUCCUUCAUAGACGACCCUGACGUCAUUGUGUUCCUGGCGUUGGUCAGUGACCAAGUGGUGGGGUUGCGGGCAUCCAAGAUUACAGAGAGUGGAACUGCAUUUAUCGUCAAAGCCGCUAGGAUCGCUCCUGACUGGAGGGGGCAGGGAAUCGACAGACGGUUGUCCCUUCAUCAGGACCAGUGGAUGCGUCAGAAUCGUCCCACGGUCAAGUACAAGCGAUCCACGGCGUUUUCCCUGUCCCAAGGCGUAACAGAAUCCAUGAAGAAAAAGAUGCGAUAUAUUUUUAGUAUGCCCUUCAUAGAAUACCAGAGCGAACCCAACCUGUGGUGGCGACAGGACCCCGCUCAGCUGGCUCAACUGGACACGACCGGCUUACCGGACGUCGUGCCUCUACAGGACGCAGACGACGACUUCUGUACGGCUGUACAGAAAUGGCUUCCCGCGGGAGCUUGCGGUACUCACGACGGCAAACCCGUCAUACUUGUAGACUGGGACCCGUUCACGCUAUCUCCGGCUAACUUAAAGUAUCUACAAGCACAAAACAAGAUUUACGUAUUGAAACACGAAGGCGAAGUAAGCUUGAGUAUCUCCAAUACUUACCUUUCACCUUCAGCGAGAAUGCUGUGCGUCCAAAUCUAUGCAAAGGAUUUGGCCACCGUUUUAAAACACCUACUGACGCAUCUGAAAGACGCAAGUCGAACCUAUCACGGUGACGCCAUCUGCACAAGUGUUUUCGUUUCGCAGUUUGAAUUAGAAGACGCCAUGCAUGAUUUCUGUAGACAAACGUUACAAAUGGACCCUGUUCAACCCAGUAAGACACAGGCGCUAGCUUUCGAAGCUGUAAUGUGAAACCUGAAAACGUUGGGCAUAACUGGACACAACCGGCUUACCGGACGUCGUGCCUCUGUAGUUGUAGAUUUCUGUACGGCUGUAAGGAAAGUAUGUUACAGUGUACAACGUGAAAGGAUCAGUUCAGCACCAAGGACAGUGGUAAAUUAGACCUGCCCUUGGUGCUGAACUAACUGGGUGGUUUAGUUUCACGCGUACGGUUUCACAGUGUCUACAGGGAUGCAGUUUAGCUUCAUUCAUUUGUUAAAACCUUGCUUCUUCUUCUUAUGAUACUGGACAAAAGUGGGGCAUGAUGUCCAGGACGUACUUAUGAUCAGAGGCCUUACCCAAGUGUGGCCGGUGGUGGUGGUGCAAGCCGUCAACAAAAUAGAAAAAAAAAGUGGUGCAUAAAAACAGGAACAAGUGAUACUGUACAUAUUGCCACACUAGAUAUAGGCCCCUACCCUUACAGCUGUGUGAAGCCGGGGUAACCAUAGUACUUGGCUACCCCAGCUUUGAAGCUAUCUGUGGUUUUAGCUUCUAUAAGGUGUUGCAGUAGUGCAUUCCAUACAAUGACUGUUUUUGGAAAGUAGCUACCUCUGUGUGUUUCUGUCCUACAGUUGAGUGUGGUAAAUCGUUGCUGGUGUCCUCUGGUUAUGUUAGUGUUUCUUGUGAGGAUAUUGUGGAUGGGGAUGGCAAUAAGAUUAUUGACAGCUUUGUACAUAAGCGAAAGGCGGGCAACUUGUCUGCGCUGUUGUAGGGUGGGCCAACCGAGAGUUUGCAGAGUGUGUGUAAUGCUGGUUGUUGAGCGGUAGUCGCCAGUGGCGAACCUGGCGGCACGCUUCUGUACUGCUUCUAACUCGUCUUCAAGUUUGUUCGUUUGUGAAUGUAUGCGUUUGUGGGGGUCCCACACAGAGGACGCAUAUUCUAGUUUUGGUCUUACAAUGGACAAAUAGGCUUGAGCUCUGAUUGUUCUACAUGGUCCUCUCAGAUUCCUUCUUAAGAAUCCCAGAGUAGUUUGCUUUUGCUGCUAUAUAAUCUAUGUGUGAUUUCCAUUUCAGGUUGUGUGAGAGUAUGAU